UGAAGUCGCCGCGUUAUUGAUUCGAAUGCGCAACGUCCGUGAUUGCCGACGGUAUUCUCAGAAAUGCGGACGUCGCUCGUCGGGUGAAGGAAGGACGCUCGUCGACAGGUGCACAGACAGUAGAAUCUAGCGUCUUCGGGACUUUUAGGUCUGGAGGGAAAGCUGCGUCGCCACCAAGUGAGGCUCGGAAGAUAUGGUUGGGCCCAACGUUUCCUUGUGACUAACCGUCCCGGAGGGUGGAACGGUCGCCACGCAGGGUGUAUCCUUCAGAACGCCUUCCGAACACGAGCGUGUAAACACAGAACUCGCGACGCUGUGCAAGGUAUAUCCUGUGAGCCCUGCGGCAGGGCCUGGCGCAGCAAGAUCCGUAUGGGAGCUAAGUCCCGAUCCCGACAUGGUCGGGCAUCUACCGAACAAUCCGAUAUCCGCUACGAGCCAUCAGAAUCAUCACAACUCGGGCAAAGAUACGCGACAGACAAGUCGUCCUGAUGACAACAUCUACACCGACGAGGCCACCACCGGUCAAAAUCCCACGGACGAGACCAAAGAGAUCUUCGAGUUGCUCAGAGCUGGUGAGAUCGAAGCGGUUGAGGAACUGGUGGAGAAGAACGGAUUGAGCGUGCUCAGCGCGAGGGAUGAAUGGGGAUACACACCUGCCCAUUGGGCUGCUCUAGAUGGCAAUAUUGAAGUCAUGAGAUAUUUAAUAGAGCGCAACGGACCCGUUGACCAACCGUGUCUUGGCACGCAAGGACCCAGACCAAUACAUUGGGCCUGCCGGAAGGGCCACAGCGCGAUAGUACAAUUACUACUGAAGGCGGGAGUCGCCGUCAAUGCAGCCGACUUCAAAGGUCUGACACCUCUGAUGACCGCUUGCAUGUUCGGCAAGUUCGCUACCGCCGCUUUCCUGUUGGGCUCCGGCGCGCUAGGGCACCUGACUGACAUAAACGGUGACACCGCGUUGCACUGGGCUGCGUACAAAGGCCACGCCGAGCUGAUCAAAUUGCUGAUGUAUAGCGGAGUGGAUCUGCAGAAGCCCGAUUAUUUCGGUUCCACGCCACUCCACUUGGCCUGCCUGUCUGGCAACAUCAGCUGCGUCUGGAUCCUCUGCGAGAAGACCAAGAUCGAGCUGGAGCCACGCGACAAGAACGGCAAGACGCCGCUGCAGCUGGCCAAAAGUCACCGUCACUCAGAUAUCGUAGGUAUCCUACAAGCGGAACAUAAGCGCAGAUCUAGAUGGUUACCGCCCAUCAACGAGUUAUGGACGCUGCUCUUCGGCGGAGCAGGCAACAGCAAAGGGCCAUUGCUGCUGUUCAUGAUAUCCGUGCUGGUGUGGGGAUAUCCGAUGUACAUGUUGAAGUGUAUUCCACUAACGUGGAAUCUGCUACGCGGCAGUCACUAUUGUUUCAUUUACUGGAACACCCUCAUGUGGAUCUCGUGGAUCGUUGCCAACAGGAGAGAUCCCGGCUACGUGCCACAGAACAGUGAUACCUACUAUAGAGUGAUAAAACAGAUUCCCUAUUUCGACAAGUGGAAGAAACGAAACAUCUUGCUGUCGCAUCUGUGUCACAGCUGCAGAUGUUUGAAGCCGCUCCGGGCUAAACACUGCAGGAUCUGCAACAGAUGUGUCACGUAUUUCGACCACCAUUGUCCUUUCAUAUACAAUUGCGUCGGUCUGAAGAACAGAAUGUGGUUCUUCCUGUUCGUGAUGUGCGUAGCGAUAAAUUGCUCGUUCACCUUAUACUUCGCGUGCUACUGCAUAGUGAUCGAGGGAAUCCAGCUGCUGUACGUCCUUGGCGUUUUAGAAGCUCUCGUUUUCUGCGGACUCGGCUGGAUUCUAACGUGCACUUCGAUCCUACACGCCUGCAUGAAUUUGACAACCAACGAAAUGUUCAAUUAUAAGAGGUAUCCGUACCUAAGGGACAAAAGGGGCAAAUAUAUGAAUCCCUUCAGUCGCGGGCCCGUGCUUAAUCUCAUCGAGUUUUUCCUCUGUCCUCCGGAUCAUCAAACGAACGAUCCUCAGCAUUACCACAUCCUCUCGGAAGACGUCAUAUAAUUCGAGCGACAUACGAGCCUCCGAGUGAUUUAUUUUUCACGCACUCUCGCACGGAGAAGCGUCAAGCGUAACCACUAAAUAUACAUGACAACGAUAUGAAUAAUUAUUUUUCCAAGUUAUAUGCAUAUUUGCACAUAAGAUAUAUAUAUAUAUAUAUAUAUAUAUUAUAUUAUUAUUAUCACUUAAGAAAGAUUCUCGUCUUUCGUAACUUACAUUAAGUACGCGACAUUCCGCUGCCUGGGCACAAACUCACAGGAACAUAGUAAAGAGUUUUAUAUGAGUUAAAGUUUCACAAUAAAUACUCCGUGAAGCUGA